AUGACGAGUUGUACGAAUGUAGGAUCUGCAGCAGGAUCUAAUGACGAGCGCAGACCAUUUCCCCGGGAAGAAAGGCUCUUGCAAGAUGCAGAAGCUGCGACAGAUAAAUUACAGGCUAAGGAUCUAGUACUGCGUAUUGCCAAAUUUGGGCUGCGAGGAGUUGGGUUCAGUUGCAGUUUGAUUAUCAUAGCCAUGAUAUCCACAACUUUCACAAUCUUCAAUGCGACCAAGACGUUGCCGAGGCAGAACGGAUUAUCUGCCUGGUCUGCUACAACAAACCCGUGGCCACAAAUAUUGAUACUUUCUGUUUCCUGUGUUUCUGUCCUGGUUUGCGUUUGGACUUUCUGGUCUUACUGCCGUGGAGGGCACCAAAAGGCGGAAAAGACUGGGAUAUACCAUAAUAUUCUAGCUCUCGGAGGAUUCGGUCUGGGUAUGGCUCUUUGGGUCACCAGCGCUGUUUCCUUUCAGCAUCAGCGAAACAGCAGUAAUAACCAGGAUCUGUGGGGAUGGUCCUGUGUACAAAACGGUCGCUCGGAGCUGCUCAAAGAAAGUGUCGAUUAUGCACUGCUUUGCAGACUGCAG